AUGGAGAAGGAUUUCCCAUCAACACCCACACCUGUCAACACCCAGGGGUCAUGCCCUGUCCUGGAUGGACCCUCUCUUCCCUCCCCCUUACAGAUUCCUCCCUCACCCAUCUCCAGUGACCUCUCUGCUCCACCCUCUCAGCCCACCAAAUCUCCAUCCUCCACAGAAACAAUGACAGAACCCAGAAAAUCCUCCUGUUCCUCUCCACAAUCAGCUCCAACCAUGUCUAAACCAAAGGACCCCCCUCCUUCUUUAGAUGGGUCAAAGCCCUUAUAUACUGCUGUAUCCUCUAAGACUGUUUGCACUAAACCCUCCUCUCCUGUUGCAGACAAAACACCACUUUUUACUUCUCCUAACCACUCUACCCCUCAAAUCUGCAAAACUUCAGCCAGCAUGGCCUGCGACACUCUGACAGUUUCCCCUCCUUCUACUUCCACCACCGCUCCCACCACGGCUCCUGCAACUCCUUCCACCGCCCCUGUGAAACGCACCUUUGCCUCCAUGGCCAAGAAGGUGAUACUACAGGAAAGACUUAGAAAAGCAGAGGAAGAGGAUGCCAAUGAUGAAGAAGAUGAUGAAGAACCAGAGGAGGAUUUGUCCAUGGAGCAGAUUGAGGAGAAAGCCAAAGCUGGUGAUGCCAGAGCUCAGACCCGGCUGGGUCAGCAAUACUUGAUUCUUGCUGAGGAGAAGGACGCGGAGUCAAACAAUCUGCUGGCUGUUAAUUGGCUGAUUAAAGCAGCUAAACAAGGAAGAAAAGGUGCAGCGAGAUUACUGCAGCGCUGUUGGAUCCAGAAGAAAGGAAUUACUCCAGAGAAUGAGGCUGAUGUGCGCAAGUUGUCCACAGAGAGUAAGUUUGAGCUGGCAGUACGUAAAGCAGCCAUGAUGAUGUACUUUAAACUCAACCCAGAGAGGAAGACCAAGGUGGCUAUGACUGAGAUGCUGGAAAAUGUCAGCCAGGUCAAUGCAGUGUCAGGUGGCACUGCAAGCAGGAUCCCUGGCCCAACCUCAAGCCAGACCCAGAGAGUGUUGGAAAGCAUGGUCAGCAAUGAGGCCAAACAGCUGGUGGACCUGGAUGAGUUUGUUGAGAUGACAAAACAGUAUGCACAAGGUAUUGUCCCCUCUGCAUCCCAAGAUGGCAACCAGGUUGCCAAGACUGAAUGCCCUACACCUCGCAGCAGUGGUCAGGAGAGGACUGAGUUGGUCCCAUCAGGAUACAAGAAGUCCUAUAAAAGGUCUUGGAGUUUGGGCCGGACUGGGAUGAUUCUGGGCACGAAGCAAAAAGCCAUGGACAUGAAGUCACGCCUAAUGAUGCUGGAGUACCCGCUACACACCAUUGUGGAGAUGAAGGAGCACCUGGUCGACUGGGCAUCGCGGGCCGGUGUCCAGUGGCUGAGCACAAUCAUCCCCACCCACCAUGUCAACGCACUUAUUUUCUUCUUCAUCUUCAGCAACGUGACAGUCGACUUCUUUGCUUUUUUCAUCCCCCUGCUUGUCUUCUACCUCUCCUUCAUCUCCAUGAUCAUCUGCACAUUACGUGUUUUUCAAAGCAGCAAGACUUGGGAGAACUUCAGAGCCCUGACAUCUUUGCUGAUACAUUUUGAACCUGGGCUGGAUGUGGAGCAGGCAGAGACCAACUUUGGCUGGAACAACCUAGAGCCGUACCUCUACUUUAUCCUCUCCGUCUUCUUUGUCAUUUUCUCCUUCCCUGUAGCUGACAAAGGCUGGAUCCCCUGUUCGGAGCUCUCUACUGUGGCCAUCUUCUUCACUGCUGUCAGCUACAAGAGCCUCAGCUCCACUGCUGCGAUGUACGCACGCCAAGCAAUGGCCAUAGAGGUAGCAUCAUCUCUGUGUUGCCUGACCCAGUUCCUACCAGAGAACAUGACUGUGCUUCGUUUUCUGGGACACACCUUUGCCACACUACCACUAGGGGAGUCAGUGGUGCUGAAGAUCAGUAUCCCCUGCCUGCUGUAUGUUUACCUGUUCUACCUCUUCUUCAGCAUGGCGAGGAUGCGUGGUUUCCGGGGGACUUACUGCUUCCUGGUUCCAUACCUCGUGUGCUUUAUGUGGUGCGAGUUCUCCGUCGUGCUCCUCCAGAGUUCCUCCGCUGUGGGUCUAAUCCGCACCUGUGUGGCCUACUUUCUCUUCCUGUUUGCGCUGCCUAUUCUGGCAUUUGGCCUCACCGCCAUGCUCUUCAUUCAAGUCUUCAAGUGGUUCCUUGAGCUUGAACUGACAAAGGUGAUUGUCACCCUGGUAGUGUGUGCGAUCCCUGUCACCCUGCGGCUGUGGACGCGGUUCAGCAUGUCUAUUCUGGAUGUCUUCCGCUCAGUGACCCACCGCGGCCCAGUCAAACUCAUCUUACUCUGUGUCUCCAUGGUGCUGUUGUUCUUCUCCGUCUACGUGUACCACGCAGAGGGGGACAAGGUGUACAAUUCCACGCUGACUUGGAAGCAGUACAGCCAGGCAUGCGGGCCCCCUGCCUGGGAAAUCAAAGGCAUGGCCCAGACACAGAUCUUCUGUAGCCACCUUCAUGGACACAGAGUCACUUGGGUUGGGAGUUUCAAGCACGUCCGUGUGGCUGAGACAGAGAAUGGGGCACAGUCGGUCAUUAACAUGUUGCCGGUAUUCAUGGGAGACUGGCUACGCUGCCUGUACGGAGAGAAAUAUCCCAAAUGUGAGCCAAUGAAUGCUACAGCAGCUGCAGAUUUGGCAGCCAAUUCUGCUUCAGCUACCAUUUCACUGCCCAUGCUGCUCCGAAUGCAAGAAGAGGAAGAGUUGUGUCAGCUCAAGGCUCUGGCCAAAUACACUUGCCAUGUGAAGCACUUUGACAGCCACCGGUUUGAAGUGACAGUAGGCAUGAUCCGGGAUGGAGGGGUGGGGACAGAGGACCCUGCCAGGGAUAUAAUCCUAAUAGCCAGCCAUGAGUUCAGAGAGGUUCUGCUUAAUCUGAGCCCUGGUAAUAUGGUGGAGUUCAGCACCAAGCUGGAAGGCCGCCUUGGAGCCAGAGCCCCGGCCUUCGAGUUGAAGUCCAUCCACUGUCUGGACUGUGCUUCCUCAAUGUUGAAUAGAAGCAGGCAGGUGAAGAUAGAGAGAAACUGGAGACGCACAACAAUGAGAGCCCUCAAGUUUGCUUUCGAUUUUUUCUUCUCUCCGUUCUUGUCUGCAAAAAUCACUGCCUGA